AUGGCAAAACGGACGUUGGAUGCCUUCUUCCAGCGGGUAACAGGCCCAGCACAGAAACGGAGCAAACCCAGCGAGAUCAACAACCCGCACGACGACCAAGGCUCUCCCAGCCAACAUCCAACGUAUCCAUCUCCAAUUGCGCAGCUGCCAUCGCACAUAGAAGUCGGACUCGUGCACGCAAUACCUGCCAGCACAGCGCGCACCAUCAACAACCAGCCACAUUUAGACUUGCUGUACUUCCAGCCCUACAUCGCACGCACCACCGCCAACGAGCUCUUCAAGUUCCUGCGGCGUGAACUCCCUUUCUACCGCGUGCAAUACAACAUCCGACGCGGCGACACAGAAACACAAAUCACCACUCCGCGUUUCACGACCGUCUUCGGCGUGGACGAGACAUCCAAAUUUGUGCCGCGGUCCAGUGCCAACACCAACACCGACAGGCCCCAAAGCAACACAUCAACGCCCGACGAUGAGGACCAUCCCGCAAGCUUAAUCCUGGUUGACUCCAGCACUACCGAGCCAAUCCCGGCAUCCAAAAAGUACCAAUCGGCUCCGCGGCCGAUUCCCACGUGUCUGGAUCUGCUGCGGAAGCAAGUCGAAGAUAUUUCCGAAACGACGUAUAAUGUCUGCCUGGUCAACUACUACGCCAGCGGCGAGGACAGCAUCGCCUUCCACUCGGACGACGAGCGGUUCCUGGGAUCCAACCCGACCAUCGCGUCGCUGUCCCUCGGCGCCGAGCGGGAGUUUCUCAUGAAACACAAGCCGGUGGUGCCCCCGGAGACUGGAACCCGCACCCCGGCCGCGGGUCCUCCCCCACGUUCGCAAUCAAAUUCCGCGUCUAAUUUUAACUCUGGCGGGCCAUAUUCCUCCCCGCCCCUGAAACUGGGGCUUGCGUCGGGCGACAUGGUCAUCAUGCGCGGAGCGACGCAGUCGAAUUGGCUGCAUAGUAUCCCCAAGCGGAAGGGGAGGGCAGCGGAGAGAAGCAGUCAGGGGAGAAUCAAUAUCACGUUUCGCAAGGCGGUGGUGCCGGGGGGCACGAAUAACUACUAUCGCUAUAAUGUCGGCGACGGAGGGGCGUUUCGAUGGGAUGAGACACAGCGCCGGAUGAUUCAGUCCGAUUGA